AUGGAGUUUAGGAAAGUUCACAUGAAUCUAAAGACGGUACUGCUGACGAUGAUGAUGUUCAAAUGGGGGACCCUCUGCACAGCCACAUCAGUCAACUGCUUAUCUACACCCUGCCAGAACGGCGCCACCUGUGUGGACACCAUGGAUGACUAUGCCUGUAUCUGUGCUAGAGAAGGUUUGCGGUACAUGGGCAAAAACUGUGAUGAACUGUAUGACGCCUGCUCCUUUGCUCCAUGUGAAGACUGCACCAGCACUCCUGGCACCACAGAAUACCACUGCAUUUGCCCGGAUGGAAUGACAGGCGACAACUGCACAGAGGAGGUGGAUGAGUGUCAGAGCAACCCUUGCUCUGAGCCCCGGCUUCUGUGUGUGGACCAGAUGAACGGGUACUUUUGCAGGUGUCCUGCUGGCUACGGCGGACGGGACUGCAGGACACAUGUGACAGACUGCAUUGAUGAACCCUGCAGGAACAAUGGGACUUGUGUAUUGCGACCUGAAGGCUUUGAAUGCCACUGUGCAGCAGGAUUUGAAGGGAAGACCUGUGAGGAAGAUAUAAACGAGUGUUCAUCAGAGCCCUGUCAGAACGGUGCUAUCUGCAUAGAUGGAGUGGGAGAGUUUCACUGCUUCUGCGUGCCUGGUUUUCAAGGCUACAACUGUGAAAUCGACAUCAAUGAGUGUGCUUCACGACCCUGUGAGAACAACGCUACCUGCAUCAAUGAGAAGGACCACUACGAGUGUGAGUGCCUGGUGGGAUUUGCAGGAGUAAACUGUGAAUCUGAAGUCGAUGAGUGUGAGUCCAGUCCCUGCCGCAACGGAGCCAUCUGCCACGACUUAAUCGGCAUGUACUCCUGCGAGUGUUUGCCUGGGUUCGACGGCAUCAACUGUGAGGUGGAUGUGGAUGAGUGCGCCAGUGAGCCAUGUCUGAACGGAGCAGUCUGUCAUGACAUGGUGAACAGCUAUGAAUGUGAUUGCACUGAUACAGGAUUUGAGGGCGACUACUGCGAAGUGGACAUUCCCGAAUGUGCCUCUGAUCCCUGCAAGCACGGUGCCACGUGUCUAGAAGGCGUCAAAGAAUACAACUGCCUUUGCUGGCCAGGCUAUGAAGGACCAGACUGUGAGGUUGACAUAGAUGAAUGCGCCAAGCAACCCUGUGAGAAUGAUGGGGAAUGUUUUGAGCGUUCAGAUCCAUCUCACUGGGAGCUGGACUGGGAGCUCAGUUUUGCAGAUGCGGCUGGAUAUAUUUGCCAGUGUCAGCAAGGAUUUGCAGGAGAGAACUGCUCUGUCAACAUUGAUGAAUGUGAGUCUGAACCAUGUCAGAAUGGAGGCUUCUGUAAGGAUGAGAUAAACGGCUAUACCUGCACAUGCCCAGAAGGAUUCUUGGGUGAGCUGUGUGAAGUUAACAUUGAUGAGUGUGAGAGUCAGCCCUGCCAGAAUGGUGGCUGGUGUGAAGACGGCAGGGCAUCCUACACCUGCCACUGCCCUGAGGCGGAGCCGGGUGAGCUUCCUUGGGGAGGUUAUCACUGUGAUGUGAAACUGCAUGGCUGCAUAGACCAUGUAUGUCAGAAUGGAGCCACCUGCCAUCCGUGGCUGGAGGAUGGAGAACAUGGCCAUACCUGCUUGUGCCCCCAUGGCUUCUACGAUGACCAGUGCUCUACAAGAACAACAUUCUCCUUCUCAACUCCUGGAUUCAUUCACAUCCAGGUUGUUCUAGAAGAAAGGACCCGCAGAGAAGUUGAGCACCCUGUUCACAGUGGUUUCGGGGUACAGCUACGCUUUCGGACAACUUUAACCAAUAUGUUACUCUUCUACAGAGGGGACAUGGACAACCAUCUGCUCCUAGAAAUUUUAAAUGGCGGUCUUCAUGCAAAAGCCUUUUCUGAGGAGUCUGAACUGGAUGUAACUUUUUCUGGCUUGGUUAGUGAUGGAGAUUGGCGGGAUGCUCAUGUGUUUGUGGAUCACGAAGGUCUAGUCUUGGUUCUGAAAGGUCCUGGUUGUGACAGGGAUGGAUGCAGAGUGACAGAUGGUGAUGCAGAUGAACCCGUUUUCCAGCCCUCUGAAGCCUUCAGUAAUAUUUACGUCGGUGGAGCACCAGAGAACCUUUUAGAGUACUCUGUAAGUGGUACAGGGUUCAUUGGAUGUAUGGAAGACCUGAUGAUUGACUCGAAGCCUGUUCUACCCCAAACACUUCCAGAGGACCAAGGCCAUGAGCUGGGAUGUAGUAAGACUGAAUGGUGUAAGCCUGAUCCCUGCUAUGGACAUGGACGCUGUGUGGACCUGUGGACCAGCUAUCAGUGUGACUGCUACCGUCCAUUCUACAGUGAGAGCUGCUCUGAUGAAUUCCCUUCAUGGACUUACAGCCAUGAGGACACAUUGAGUUUCAGUACCUAUGAUGUUGGUAAGAGCCAUGGAAGCAGCUUCAAUGUGUCUUUCUUCCUGAGGUCCUUAAAGCCAGAUGGGCUGCUGCUCCAGCUAAGGAGACCCACAGAUGAAGACGGGGGAGAAGUCUACUUCUCAAUCUACCUGGGAAUGGGGAGGGUUUUUGUUAGCUCUCUGCCUAACAAUGCCCCACUGACAGCUCCAGUGUUUGUGACCACUGGCGAGAAGCAACUUCUACAGAUUGAAGUGCAACAGAAUCAGGUGAUUUUUGAGCAUGCAGGCCUUCGCUAUGGAAUAGGAGAGAUCCAUGAAGUGAACAUUGACAGUGGGGAUCAGGCCUAUAUAGGAGGACUUCCAGGAGACUGGGACUCCGCUGUGUGGGGAGGACAUUUCAAAGGCUGUCUGCAGGAUCUUCGUUUAGACUCAGUGCACUUGGAUGUGGAUGACUGGAACAGCUCGACUGAAGAGGAAGUUUAUUUACCAAGUGAUACCGAAAAUGUAAAAGAUGGCUGCAUUAGUGAUGAUACCUGCAAGGUAGGAAAAGCUUCUGUUAUUGACUUUGUCCCUUAAAAAUGCUGGUGUGUACAAAGUGGUUCUGCAAUGAAGAAAUGCAAAUCCAAUGUGUCUGUUUGGCUGUUUUUUUGAUAAAUGACAUUUGAACACUGCAAUAAUAAAAGUGUGUUUCUGUGUUGGUUCUUAGGUGUGUACAAUGCCACAUUUGAGAACAACGCUGUGCAGUACAGUGCUGGAGGAUCUCUGGCUGAACCCAUCUCUAACAUAUACAUAGAGCUGCGGACUCGAUCAGAGAAUGCUGUGCUCCUGAGAGCCUCCUGGGGGUCUGACCUUAUGAUGGUGGGUCUGUUGGACUCCUCAGUCCAGGUAGAAAUCCACACAGGCAACAGCAUUGAGACGCUGAUCUUUAAAGGAGUUCGUCGAGUGGCUGAUGGAAGCUGGCACCGAGUGAACAUCUCUAAGGCUGAGAAGAAGAGCAAACCAUCCCCCUGGAUUAUCACUGUGGAUGGAAUCACAGAUGCCAGCAGUGUGCCAGAGCGCGCAGGCAGUGUUCACUUUCUUAAUGAGAAGGGAGCCACGCUGGCCAUUGCAGAGAGCUUCACCGGCUGCUUGGGUGCAGUGAGGCUUGGAGGAGUCUACCUUCCUUUUGCGGACGACUACAAAUCCCCACAGCUUUCUCAGUUCCAUAUAGUUGGAAAACCAAAGAUUCAUUUGGGUUGUACCAGUGCCCCUGUUUGUGAUUCAGAUCCUUGUCUCAAUGGAGCCACAUGUAAAGACCUCUUUAAUAAAUUUGGCUGUAUGUGUGACUCUGGUUGGGAGGGCGAACAGUGUGAGAUAGAUGCUGACGACUGUGCGUCUCACCCCUGUGUUUACGGAACCUGUAAGGACUACUUAGCAGGUUUUGAGUGUCGUUGUCACCCUGGAUAUACUGGCACACUCUGUGAUGAGGAUCUUGAUGAGUGUGAGCAGCAUGCUUGUGAACAUGGAGGUACCUGUGAGGAUGGACCCAACAUGUACACCUGCGUAUGCCCAAAGGACUAUAGUGGUCCUCGCUGUCAGUGGGAGUAUCCUCCAAUACAAUGCGGCAAAGAUGUCCAGUGUGCAAACGAUGGUGUCUGCAGUGAUGGACUUUGGGGCGCUAACUGCACGUGCAUGCCAGGUUUUACAGGCAGCAGAUGUGAAAGGGAGGUCAAUGAGUGCGAGUCUAACCCCUGUCGGAAUGGUGGUAUCUGUUUGGAUCGAUUCAACAUGUUUGUAUGCGAAUGUCUACCUGGCUACAGUGGACCAGUCUGUGACAGUAAUAAACAAGCCCAUAAACAGGGAAUCCCGUGGCUAGUGAUAGCCAUCCCACUGCUCUGCUUCUGCGUGCUGAUACUGAUCAUAGGCCUGACCACCAUGGUAUUCAUGGCCAAGAAGAAGCGCCAGUCAGAGGGUGCAUACAGCCCCAGUUCUCAGGAGAUGGCUGGAGCCCGGCUGGAGAUGGACAGCAUGCUCAAAGUUCCACCAGAGGAAAGACUCAUCUGA